GCCCGGCGCGAGCGGCGGCGGCGGCCAUGGAGGGCGGCCCGAGCGCGCGCAUCCGUGAGGGCGACUGCGCCGUGCUCAAGCGGGACGAGGUCUUCAAGGCGGUGUCGGUGCUGCGCCGCAGAAAAAUCAUUUUUGAGAAGCAGUGGUUCUACCUGGAUAAUGCCAUUGGACACAUCUAUGGAACUACAUUUGAAGUAACCAGUGGUGGAAACCUCCAGCCAAAGCAAGAGGUGGAAGAGACAAGCACAGAAACAAAGGAAGCAGGGACAGAUAAUCGUAACAUAGUUGACGAUGGGAAGUCUCAAAAACUGACUCAUGAUGACAUAAAGGCUUUGAAGGACAAGGGUAUUAAAGGACAGGAAAUAGUUCAACAGUUAAUAGAGAACAGUACAACAUUCAGAGACAAAACAGAAUUUGCUCAAGAUAAAUACAUAAAGAAGAAGAAAAAAAAAUAUGAGGCAGUUAUUACAAUUGUGAAACCAUCCACUCGCAUCCUUUCAACCAUGUACUAUGCAAGGGAGCCUGGAAAAAUUAACCACCUGAGAUACGACACCCUGGCUCAGAUGCUGACUCUGGGAAACAUCCAUGCUGGCAACAAGAUGAUUGUCAUGGAAACGUGUGCAGGCCUGGUGCUGGGGGCUGUGAUGGAGAGAAUGGGGGGCUAUGGAUCCAUCAUUCAGAUGUACCCAGGAGGGGGACCUGUUAGAGCUGCCACCAGUUGUUUUGGAUUUCCCAAACCUUUUUUUGAUAAUCUUCAUGAAUUUCCUCUCAGCAAAGUGCAGAGUCUCCUGUCUGGGACAUUCAGUACAGAGACUCUGCCUGCAGAGCCUGAGGAGAACGCCCUGGUGGAAGAGGAAAGCAAUGGCCUGAGUGAGGAGAAGCAGAGUUCCCUGCAGGAAGCAGAGGAGGAGCCUGCCCCUGAAGCACCAAUGGACAUCAAUCCAACAGAGGAGCAAGACACAAUGGACAUUAGUGCUGAAGAUGUAGAGUUUAAAGAGAACAAAGAAAAAGAAAAUAAAGAAAAUGUUCGGGAAAAGCAAAUGAAACAGUGGGAGAGAAGGAAAAAGCUGCAAGAAGCUGCAGCUUUGCUGAGAGAGAAGAAUGCUGAUGGCUUAAUUGUAGCCAGCAAGUUUCAUCCCACACCCUUGUUACUUUCUUUGUUGGAAUUUGUUGCUCCUUCGAGGCCUUUUGUUGUCUACUGCCAAUACAAAGAGCCAUUAUUGGAAUGUUACACCAAGCUGAGAGAAAGAGGUGGAGUCAUCAACCUGAAACUGUCUGAAACCUGGCUGAGGAACUACCAGGUGUUACCAGAUCGCAGCCAUCCCAAGCUGACCAUGAGUGGAGGUGGAGGGUACCUCCUGUCUGGCAUCACUGUUGUCUUGGAGAAGGACAGGUCUGAUUCCAGUAACCCAGAAGCACUAAAGAUGGAAGAGCCAUCAUCUAAAAGAUGCAAACUUCAAGACCUUCCUUGUUAACAUGUGAAGAAUGACUCAGGGCUUAGAUCUCAGGAGUUUAGUGAAACAACAAGUCCUUCCUGUGCUGGUGGCAGCACAGGGCUGUGCCUGUCGUGCAUCUGUCAGAGACUCAGCAGAGCUGCAGGAGAGGGAGGACUCACCUGCUCCUUAGCAGUUCCCAUCAUCUGAAUGUCAAGGAAAACCCUUGGGAGCAAGCAUCCCACUGAACUCAUAGGAAUUUCAAGAGGGAGAGAAGAUCAAGAGCAGACAAAGCCUCAGUGCAGACAUUCUGUUUGUUUGUUGCCCAAUCUGAAUGUGAGGUAGUUUUUUAAAAGGCUGAGUUGGAAUGAACACAUCCAGCUCAGCUUUCCAUUCUCCCACAAAGGCAGCAGAGGAUUCCCCUCAGGAUUGCAUGUGGUGAUCUGCUCCACAUGGGACACAGAACUCAGCUCUGUUCUGUGAUUUAAGAAAGUACAAUGAAUAGGAAAAAUCAUACUUUUUUUUUCUCCAAAGGAACAAUAAAAAGAGGAAUCUAAUAGUAGAGAUGA